AUAACAAAAUGAUUAUGCUUUAAUUUUUGCAUCGUACUCUUGUCAUUAAGGUACACGACUUAACUGACUGUGAGCAGCUGACAAGAAGCAGCUCCUUCCCCAAUAAUGAUAAUUUACCAAGAAGUAAGGUAUUGCCCAAAUACACGACGUUUACCAAAAAGACUGUCUAUUCAAAUUAGCCAAGAAAAAAGAAGCAGGUUGCUGGCUAACCCACCCACGAGUAGGUGAAGCCCUAUUGCAGGCACACACAUUGAGCACUGUUGCGUUUUGUCCGACAUUACACACUUUUAACAAUACCAGACGUUUCCAGCUCCCCGUGUCAGCGGUUCAUAUAGUAAAACCACCAAUUUAGCAACACUUAUCAGUGCGAACCACUUGUUAGUUCAGCUUUCAGAAGAGAAUGAAGGACGUGCGUCCGAAGCGAGCCCGCCAGUUAAAAUCCCAUGCGCGCCCGGAGUCUGUCCUUGCCAGGCGGCAGUGUGGGUGCGGCUCCCGAAUCCUCCAAUGAGAUUUUGCGCUGAGUGGGCGGGAUCGUCGAGGGUGCGCUUGAGUCGCACUGUGACAGUACAGUUUCGGCUUCCCUGGACAAUCGACGGAAUAGCGGAAAUUGAGCAGAGCUCGAAAUUACAAGGAACGCUUAGAAAGUCUGUCUGAUACCAGAUCACCAGCGUUAGAAGGUCACGAUGAACGAGGGCUGCGGAGAAAACAGCUGUGCACUGGGAUGUGGCUUCAUGGAAUCUGUUAUACACUGUGAUAUUAAGGAGUACUAUGGCAAACACCUUCAGAGUUCUGAAGAUCUCAAGACAAAUGCCUGCAAGACCUCGGCAAGGCCACUUCUAGCCACCAUUCAGAAUGCCUUCAAGAAUAUACAUCCUGAAGUUGUUUCUAGGUACUAUGGCUGUGGAAUGGUGAUUCCAGAAUGUCUAGAAGGUUGUCGUGUGCUGGAUCUAGGGUGUGGAGCUGGAAGGGACUGUUUUCUACUGAGCCAGCUGGUUGGAGAGGAGGGUCAUGUAACAGGAAUUGACAUGACAGAAGAGCAGAUCGCUGUAGCACAGAAAUAUGUGGACUACCAUACUGAGAAGUUUGGCUUUAAGAGACCCAAUGUGAAUUUCCUCCAAGGAUAUAUUGAAACCCUACAGGAGGUCGGCCUACAGGAGUGCAGCUAUGAUGUUAUCAUAUCAAACUGUGUGAUUAACCUGUCCCCAGACAAGAAAGCAGUUCUGAAAGAAGCCUAUCGUGUACUUAAGGAUGGUGGAGAAAUGUAUUUCAGUGAUGUCUAUGUAAAUAAACGUCUUCCAAAGAAUCUGAGAGACCACAAAAUACUGCUGGGGGAGUGUCUCGGAGGUGCAUUGUGGUGGCUAGACCUUAUUCAGCUGGCACAAGAAGUUGGCUUCUGCACCCCAAGAUUAGUCAGCUCCAGCCUGAUUAGUAUUAAUAAUAAGGAACUGGAGAGUUUAAUUGAAGGAUACCAGUUUGUUUCUGCAACAUUCCGUCUGUUCAGGAUUCCUAACAACAUUAAAAGGUCAAGGUACCAGGUCAUAUACAAUGGCUCCAUUACUGACAAGGAAGAUUGCUUGGAUUUUGAUGCAAGCUUUAAAUUUAAGGAGGGAGAAGUGGUUGAAGUAGAUGGAGAGUUGGCCACAAUUUUGAAAUGCUCCCGAUUUGUAAAUGAAUUUAUGUAUUGUCCAAUGAUUGAUGAGAAGGCAUCAGUUGUUCACUGCAGAUCAACACCUGAGGCUGUCAACUUAAAUCCCUUUGACCUGGCAAAACAACUGGAGGUAAAGAGCAGUAAGUCACCCAUUGGAGGAUGUUGUGGGCAAAGGGAGUCUGGAUGCUGCUAGCAGAGCCUUAAAAAAUAGUUAAUGCUCAUAUUAGGGGAAAAACUCCUUUUCCUGUGUGUGUCCUCCUGCUGUAUUGUUUAAAAGACUGGAACUAAUUAAUAGGAUCUGAUACAGAUGAACAGUUUUUUUUUUGAAGAAGCAUGAUGGGGUACUUUGAAACAGAAGAGUAAUGGAGGCAAUACCUUCAUUCCCUCAGGAUGGCACCACAAGGCAGCCAAGACCCAAUAUAGGACCUCAACUUCAUGAUGACUUUGCCGAAAAAACUGCAAGGGGCUUAAUUAGAUAUGCCAGAGUGGUAUCUUGCAAUUUUCAGCAAAUCUGUCUGAUAUUUCCUGCACAAACAUUGCUGCACAUUUGAAAUCGGUUAUUUGCCUUGCUAAUCCUCACAUGUUGUGACUUUAUCUCACAUAUUUCGAUAAGUCUGUACAUUAAAACACUGUGUUUUUAUUUGGCCCAAUUAGUAAAUAACUACUUUCUUAUUAAAUCAUUCUGAUUUUUAAAUCAGCUCUGUUUUCUAUGAACUACUGUGAAAUCUCAUUAUUUUUACUAUUUUCCAGUAGAUGUGGUUAAAAAAUAGUUACACAAAUAUGUUAAUUUUAAAAACUAAUUUAAAAAUAACCUUGUUAAAAGAAGUAAACUUACAGUAUAUUAAACAUCUCUGUUAUCAAAUAUGAGGAGAUAGCCAGGGUUAGAUUUUGAUAUUCAUUUGUUGUUACAAGGGUUGUACCAAAAUUAGUGGACACAUUCAUUUUACAAUUCUUUAAAGAUACGAACAAGGCAUUAUGACAUGUCAAUUAAGUUUGUAAUUUUUGUCUACUCUUCUUCAAGUCUGUAUGUCUUUCCACUGUUCUAGACGUUCGAAGAUGCCUUUGGGGUAGAAUUCCAUUCCAGCCUAUUCCUAUUCCAUUCCUGCAUGGCCUUGUUAUUCUGAGUGUCCCAUGUUGAUAUGUUUCUGAUGAGCUCCCUUUUGUCUUGUUUGGUAAACGGAGUUUUGGGUUUUCGACAGGGCUGUUAAGCAAAAGCAGCGUUUCUGUCUUUAAAGUUCUUUACUUAUUCUCCAAUUUUGCCAGCUUCCAUAUAUACAUUCAAAUCAUAAAUGAAUGUUAGCCACAAAGAAAGUUUCCUUCAUAUAAAUUUCUGUAAUGCAGCAUUGUUGAAAAUUGUUUUUUUUCAGCCAUUUUCUUGACAUUAAAAUAAGGGGUACCAAUCUGCAUAACAGAAGAUAAGGAUGAAAGUAAUGGAAACACUGUAGGUUAGAAGUGUUCAUAUGGGAAGCACAUGUCUCCAUUCCCUCUGGCCUUAUAUCCCUAAAAUUGCUGUCAGAAAGAGACAAAUGCCUGUGCCCAUAAUUCAUUUGAGUGUAUUUGAUCGGAUGUAGAAAAGACGUUUUAAAGGGCUUCACAAACUUAAAUCAAACUAACUAACCAGUGAACACUUUUUGAGGAGCAAUAAAAAUGGGUUGUCAAAGAAAGCAGAGCAGAAUCAUUGUCCAGAAUACUCAAGAAUAAAAUCAAAAUGUAUACAAGGUCAUGCAAGGAACAUUUGCUUUGAAAAGCUGGGAUGCUCAGAAUGCUGUACUUCCAUUUUAAAUAGUGAACACGUGAUGGCAUCCUGUGUCACAUCCAUGCUGAUCACAUGAUAUCAACCACCUUGGUUACCACUAAAUAAAAUAACCUUCAAAAGGACACACACACAAAAUAGCAACACAGGCAAUAAAAAAACAACACAGAUAAUGGUGACAAGAUGAUGUCGCUGCCAUGAUGGUAAAAUUGAACAAUAUGUGAUUAAUAAUUUUACAAAACAUGAAACUGAUAAAAUUCAUUGCCAGGCAGGUUGAGAAUCUUUUAUCUGUUGCUCCUCUACAUGAUAAUAACCUUUUUCAACCUUCUCAAAUUCACUCAGUAUAUAAUCUUUGGAAAACCCUCUGGAUUAAGAAACUAAGAGAACAGUUUAUAGAUUAAAUAGUUGCAUUUUAUGAACAAUUAUGCUUCAAAGUCACCAGCAACACAAUUUUUCCACUAUUUUCAAAUUUUAAAUUUUAUUAAACAAAAUCUCCCAAAUUUUCCACCUAUUUCUAUUUCAGAGGAAGCACUGAUUAGCCUUUAAGUCUCAUGGCAGCAUCUCAUCAAUAAAGAAAAACAUCUCAAAGAAUCUUCCCUUCAAUGACCCUAGGGUAUGGUGGGAAGAGAACAGUUCAAUUAACAUCUCAGAAAAGGAGUGGAAGGUAACCAUACAUUGAAUACACUCUGGCUCUAUACAGUAUGUGCAAAGCAUUUAAUAAUUCAACUUAUUAUAUUUCAUCUAUCACACUUACUCAAAAUUGUCCAAAAUGUACCCAGGGCAAUAUCCAAAAUGUGGGUGUUACCAUUUAGCCCCAGCAUCACUAGGCCAUAUGUUUUGGGAGUGCACCAAGUUAACAUCAUUCUGGACAAAAAUCUUUGAAUGCGUAUCAAACAACCUUGGUGUUGCGAUCCCUCCUAACUCAUUAACAGCUGUGUUUGGUGUAUUCCCAGAUGGGCUUAAAGUAGAGAAGGACAAAUACAUUGUAAUAGUCUAAACCACACUACUAGCACCUAGACUUAAACCCAUCUUUUAUAACUCAAUGGGUAACUGCCGCACUAUAUUAUUUGAAAUUAUAAGAAAUCAAAUUUUCGAUUUAAGGAUCUGUUCAAAUCUUUUUUAAAACAUGGCAAGACUUAAUUAAAAUAAAAUGUAAAAUAUGCAUUUGGAUAGGGGUAAAAAGGUGUUUUUUGUAUGUUUUUCCCUUCUCUUAACUCUCUUCACUGUCUCUCAUGUGGGGCUUGAAUUCUUCUUCUCUUAGGUUAUGUUUUUUCUAUGUUUUCUUUGUAUUUUUAAUUUCCUGGAGUUUUUUUUUCUCAAGAUUAAUUUUGAAGUUAUGUAUUGUAUAAGUUCUGCAAAUGUUAUCUGCUUGAUUGCACAAAAUUUUAAAAAAUCAACGUAAGAAUGCAAAUUGUACAAAG